GUGUGAAACUUCUGUUGCAUGGUCUUUGCUCCAACACCACAGUCAAAUUUUUGGAUUUGAAGGGAAACAGCCUGCGAGCCAUGGGAGCCGAGGCUUUGGGAAGACUUCUUAGGCAGAACAAAUCCAUCAGGAGCCUAAUCUUGGAAUGGAACGACCUUGGUGUGUGGGAGGAGAGCUUCUCCUUCUUUUGCCAAGGACUGGGGGCAAACGAGACUCUGCAGCGGCUGGACCUGCGCAAUAACCAGAUCAACCACCAAGGGGCUGGGGAGCUGGCUGCAGCACUGAGACACAACGCCAGCCUGCAGGAGCUGGAUUUGCGUUGGAAUAACAUUGGGCUUCUGGGUGGACGAGCUUUGCUGAACUGUCUGCACAGCAACAAGACCCUGAAGAGGCUGGAGCUGGCUGGGAACAAUGUUCCUAGUGACAUCCUGAAAGCUGUGGAACAAGCCAUGGAUCACAACCAAGACCGUCAGAAUAUCCUGAGUGAGACCCAGAACCGAACCCACAUACUCAGCAAGGAGGUUUUGAGUCUGAAGGGUGAGAAGACAAAGCAGUUCUUGGAUUUGAUGGACACUAUAGACAAGCAGAGAGAAGAAAUAGCCAGGAGUGGCAGGGUGUCUGCAGCAAGAGUGAGCCAGCUGCAGGAAGCACUGGAUGAGCAGCACUCUAUUAUGAAUUCACUGAAGGCCAAGCUGCAGAUGGCUGAAGCUGCCCUGGCUCUUUCUGAGCAGAAGGUGCACAGUUUGGGAGAGCUGCUGAGUGCCACAAAGCAGGAACAAACCGAUAUGGCCGAGCGCCACUCCAUGGAGCUCCAGCAGCAAAAGCAGGAAGGUGCUGAUCGGGAGGGCAAGCUGCUGUGUGACUUGUCUGCUGCCAGUGAGAAAAAUUUGCUUCUAAGAAAGCAGGUGGAUGAGUUGGAGAAGAAGUGCAAAGUUCAGCAGUAUAAUAUAUUCCAGCUAAAACAAGACUUGACCAACACAACAGCAGAGCUGAAGCUGCGGGCCGUGCAAGCUGAGGAGCGCCUGGAGUUGGAGAAGAGAAGAUUUAAACAAAGCCUUGAAGACCUGGAAUCCCUUCGGGUUAGAGAGGUGGAUCGUAUGACACAACAGAGCGAGGCCAGUGAGCGUUCCAUGCAGGACAGAAUGCAGAGGCUGGAGGCCAUCAGGACAGCUCUGGAGAAGGAGCUGAGCCAAGUCAAAGCAGCUGCACUCACUGAACGAGUCCAGGCAGAGGAGGAGUUAAUAAAAGCCCGGAAUCAGGCACGGCUGGAGGAGCAGCAGAGAAUAGAACACCUGGAGGAAAAGCUGCGGCUGAUGACCGAGUCACGGGAUGAGGCUCGGAACUGCGGCCUUAGGCAAAGCCAGGUGGCUGCUGAGGCCCAGGCCAAGGCCAGCCAGCUGAGCAUCCAUGCUGAGGGGCUCAGGAGGCGCCUGGAGGAGCUUCAGCAGGACCUGAAUAGUAAGGAAGAGGAGAAAGUGACAGAGGUGAAUAAAGUGAAAGUGGAAUUACAGGAGCAGAUUGGACACCUGCAAGCUGAACGCACAGCACAGGAUGGGCUGAAAGAGAAGAUUGCAGCCCUGGAGAGACAGCUGAAAGCCCUGUCAAGUAGCCACCGUGAGGCACUGCUGGACAAAGAAAGUGAAAUCUCUAUGCUGCUGGAGAAGCUGAGAAUGAAAGAGGCUGACAUCUCCAGGAUGAGGGAAGAAGAGGCCCAACGAGCAAGUUUCCUGCAGAAUGCCAUUAUGACAUAUGUGCAGGGUUCCCCUUUGGGAAGUCACAGUUCUAGGAAAUGAGAGUGUUGCUUAAGGAAUUCAGAUACUUGCUGUCAGGAAGAGGGUCAGCAGCUCAGGUACAGCCCC